AUGGAGAACAGCGUUAUAUUAGAAGAAGAGAUCGAUGAAAAUUACGAGCCAACAGAAGAAGAAAUAAUCGAAUACGGCAUCUGGCUUGGUCUGACUCUUCCAGAUGAUGAAGAUUUGCUAUACAUAGCUCGGGAAGGUUUGAAAGCUCCUCUUCCUCAGCAAUGGAAGCCUUGCAAAACUCGUGAAGGCGAUAUUUAUUAUUUCAACUUCGAAACCGGCCAAAGUGAAUGGGAGCAUCCAUGUGACGGGCAUUAUAAGCAGCUAGUAAGAGAAGCUAAGCAAGCCAAAACUAAGCAAAAUCAAAGCAACACAAAAAAGCCAAAAAAUUCUAAUACCUCUGAUGCUGAAAAAUUAAACCGAAUAAGCCCACUAAAAAAGUCCCCAUUAGGCAAAUCCCCAGAAUUAGGAGAAUUCGCUAAUAGGAAGCAAGAGCUAGAAGAGUCAUUUGCAGAAGAAGUCGAUAAAAUGAGACAAGAAUACGAUGAAAAGAAAAGGGAAAUCAAACGUAAAAUGGAUGAAGAGCUUGAUAAAUUAGAAGGAGAUGCAGAAAAAGUGAAUAAGAUCGAAGAGCAAAAGGCUAGACUUGAUUUUGAGCAGAAAAUUGAAAAUAAAAAAGAAAUCGUCCGAAAAGAAAUGCAGAGGAUUGAAAAAGAAAAAAUUGCAAAAGAAAAUAGAGAGACGAUUGAUAAACUAGAAGACUUAAAAAGAAAUUAUAAAACAGAAUUUGAAGAAAAUAAACAAAAAAUUCUUCAAAAAUUAAAACUUGAAAAUGAAGAGGAAAUAAAGAAAAUUGAAAUAAAUAUCAGAAAUGAAAUUGAAAAUUUAAAAGAACAAGUGGAAAUAAAUAAAGGGAAAAUUGAAUGGCAAUUAAAAGAACAAGAAGACCUUGAAGGAAGAUAUAAAAAGAAAAUUGAAAGAUUAAGGGCAGACUCUGAAGACCAAUUAAAUAGAGAAAUUAAAAAAUUAGAAAAAGACUACGAAUGGCAACUUAAAGAAACUAAAGAAGAGAAUGGAAACGAUCUUUCGCCUGAAGAGAAAUCUUUAUUAAAAAAAGUUGAACAAGACGAACUGAUAGAAUUCCAGCAAAAGCUUUCUGGGUUUAAAAAUGAAUUACAGUAUAAUUUAAUUCGUGAAAGAGAACUGAAAGAAGCUAAAGAAAGAAAUAAGCGGCAAAAUAAAGACAGUAAUUAUGAUAAUGAAAAAACCCAAGCUGAAAUUAGACUCACUAAACAAAAAGCCGACAAUAUUACAGAUUAUAAGAAGAGAAAAGAAAUAGAGUACAGACAACAAGUAAAAGAAAUUGAAAAUAAGUACAGCAACUUAUUAGAAACUGAAGAAAAGCAAUUUUCUUAUAGUUUUGAUAGUUUUGAUGAGACGAAGAAUAUUUAUGAAGAAAAAUUAAAACUUUUGCAAAGAGAUAUAGCGGUGUCACAGAAUCAGCUAUUUAUGAAAGAAGAAAAAAUUAAAAACUUGAAAGAAGAAAAAAUCAGGCUAGAAAUGGAAGCUAGAAGAGCUGCAUCUGAAGCUGAAGACUUAUGCGGAAAAGGAUCUCAUAUAGAAACUGCUGUAAUUCAAGAUUUAACCAAACAAAUUAUAGAGCGAGACCAUGAACUUUUAAAGCUAAAAGACCAUAAUCCUUCAAGAAUCGAAAAACUUGAAAAAGAAUUAGAGUCUCUUAAAGAACUUUUUAUUCGCCAAAGAAGAAGUUCAGCAGACCCCAACAUGCAAAGGAAGCCUGCCUCAAGCAGAAGCUUAGAAGAGCUUAAACAUCUUAAGCAAAAUUUAUUAAUAAAGCGAAAAGAAGCCAAAGAAAUCCAAAAAAUGCUAGAAAUGGAUCAAAUGAAAUGGAGAAGGGACAUCAAAGAAUAUAAAAUGAAUCCAAAUGAAAAGCGAAGAAAAGAGCUUGCUACUGUAAAAACGAUUCUUGAGAAACAGAUAGCUAAACAUAAUGAAAAAGUAAAAGAAAUAAGAAUUGCUGAAGAAAGAAUAAAGGAAAAAGAAAUGGAAGAAAACUUGUAUGAAGACCAAUUGAUGAAGGAAGAAUUAAGCAGCGGGGAUGAAGAAAAAAUUUUAGAAUCCUGGAGAAAUAAAGGAGAAAGCUAUGAUAUUACAGGUGAUAUUACGCAGAAUAAAUGGGCAUAUCAUGUAAGACAGCCAUGACACUAUAAUAAUGCUAGGGUCUAUCAGCAGCAAUUAAAUGUGCAUGCUAAAAACAGAGAAAAUAUGAGAGAUAUAUUUUCUAGGCAUGGAAUGUGGCUGAAUAAUAUGAAAGAUGAACUGAAUAAAGUAGCAACUCCAAUGAAAGUAAAUAUGAGCAAGUAUUUGGUUUAA